UUUUUGACGGUGACGACAUGUGCCUGCUGAAAAUUAGGCCUAGCCUAUAUAAAAAAAACAUUUGAAGAUGAAGUUUCUAAACUGUAUUUUGAUGCUCAUCUUCGUGAUAUUCUAUGAUGCUCUGGAGUUCAGUGUUCGAGGUUCACGUCCUCUGGUUGUUGAUCUGGGAGGUUCAGUUCUUCUGCCCUGUUCUGUUGAUUCACUCGUAUCAGUGGAAAAGGUGAAAGUGGAAUGGAGAAAAACAGAUUCAGAGAUUGUUGUUCAUCUGUAUCAUGAUGGAGAUAUUAGACCAGAAGCCCAGCAUGAGGAUUAUCGUGAUCGAGCUCAUUUCUUCACUGACGACAUUAAACAUGGAAAUUUCUCUCUCCUGUUAACGAAUGUGAGACAAGAAGAUAAAGGGGUUUAUAGAUGUAAAGUUUACAGUGAACAGGGCGCUGAGAAAACUUUGGUUGAAAUAAAAGAUGUUGAAUAUUUGAUAGUGUCAGGAUCAGAUCAGUCUUUAUCUGUGUAUGUGGGUGAAGACGUGACUCUGAACUGCUCUGUGGACUCUCACAUCCCAUCUGAACACAUUGAAGAGGUUUCAUGGAAGAAAAGAGUUCAAGAUGAACACAUCACAGUUCUGCUCUAUCAAAACAACGAGGUUUAUCCAGAUGCAUCAGAUGAGCGAUACAGAGACAGAGUUGAGUUCUUCAGUGAUGAAAUCCACAGAGGAAACUUCUCUCUCAGACUGAAGAGAGUCAGACCUGAAGAUAAAGGACUUUACAUGUGUCACGUGUUUGCUGGACGAUUCUCAGACAACACGACUGUAAUACUGGGUUCGUCUGGUUUGUCUGGUUUACACAUAGUGGUUUUGAUUCUGUGUAUUUCUGCGUGUGGAUCUGCUCUUCUACUCUGUUCUCUCAUCUGCAGAUCAAACAACACAGGCAGAAGGCUGCUACUUCAUGUUCAUCUUUACUUUUGUCCGAAUAUUCUCAUAUUAUUGGCUUUUGUCCUCUGGGGUACUACUGAAGCAUCUUUGAAUGAGAUGAUCUCUUGCGGUGUGGUUUGUGUUCUGAGGCCUCUGAGGUUGCUUUGGGUUACACCGUACAUCAACGAUUUUCCAGGUGUUAUUAAAAAGAACAUUGAGUCGUCACAUGCUGAUCUGUAUUUUCCUGCUGUUUUGGGAACCAUGUAUUCAGCAUUGUUAGCAGAACAUUUCAGAGGCGUCAACACAGUCAGUAUGAUGGUUAUCUGUGCAUUGCUGGUCCUGGUGUGUCUGCUCUUUAUCAUACAAUUGGCUAAACGCUUUGAGAAGCUGCUGUCUGGCUUUGGAAGAUUAUGUAAGCAAAUGUAUGAAAAAGUUGGAAAGCGUGUAGCUGCUUGUGGCUUUUUUGUGCUGCCUUCAAUAGAACUCAGCGUUCUGCUCUACCCUUUUGUUGGCUACUGGACAGUGUUUUUUGCUGUAGCGCUGCCGGUGCUUGCUUGUCUGUCUUUGCUCUGCCGGUGUUGUAAAAAUGCAAGGGAAGCACAACAAUACUUCUCUCUUUAUUUGGAUAAAGCCGUAUGGACACUGAUGAGUGCAUUGAGUGGGAUUUUAGUUUGGGUUUACAUUGCAGUCUUGAGAAAUGAGAAAAAAGAGUAUGUUGGACUGGUUUGUAUGGGUGGAUUUCUUCAAGUGCUGUGGAUGCUCAUAUUUUCUGAAAUCCCAGUCAAUUAUUCGAAGCGUUGGAUCAGAAGCAUUAUGUUCCAGUUUGGAGCCGUUGGUCUUAUUUUAGUGUUCUCUGUGGCACUGAUGGUAGAGGUCAUACUUGUAGCAGUUAAUGGUGAACGUCUGAUGGGAGAUCUGAGAAUUGGCGUCUUCCCCUUUGAAAGCCUGUUUACCAUUCCCCUGUUGAUUUUACCCAUUUUUACACAUCGGACACCUGUCAAUACAACAUCUCAUCAGGGUUCUCAGAACUCAGUGGAAGCUGAUGCUUUUCCUACUACAAAGUCGACCGGUUUGGACCAGAACCAGACAGGAGAAUCCCAUGAAAUGGAAACUCUGAGAAAAGACGCUGAGAACAGUGUGGCGAUAGAGGAGAUCACCUGACCUGACAGCAUAAUCCGUACAGGGUUGUACGUUAACUUUUUUUGCACAUAGCACCUGUGCUACAGAGUUUUAAAGUUUUGUAGCACAGGCCAAACAGUUGUAGCACAAGUGUCUGUUAUCAUCUUAAAAAAAACACAAGUGACUGUGUAGACAGGUAACUGAAGAAGGACAUUAAUGUUACAAAUUGAUAAAUUAGGGCCAUAUAUAUUUUUUUUUUUGCCAAAUUCAUUUUUUCAUUCACUCACAGUAACGCAGAACAAGCAGAGGACAUAUUUAAAUAGUAGAAUUACGCUUUCGUGAUUCCUUCCAUGAUUUCCCACAUCGCACAGAUAUAGGGCUCUAGAUCAAUGGACUCGAUGCAGCCAGAAAACAAGUUUUAAUUGCAAAAACUAAACAAAAAUGAAAAUAAAUAAUGGUGUCCUCACACGAACAAGCACAGCGACAAACACACUUCACACAAACAAGCGGCUCUGUCUAAUGUACCAGCCAAACUGUAUCACACGUGUGCUACAAUUUUACAUUUAUUCAUCGCACAGACCGAUUUUUUCGUAGCAUGUGACAUACUGCGCAUUACAAACUGUACGGUAUACUUUACAAACCGACGCAGUAGGAGUUAUUAGCCAGCUUCUACCAUGGAAAUGUGAAUUGAGAUUCUCAGUGACCGGACAUUUCAACGAAUCACUGCAAAUCAAAUACAAAAUCUCUUGAACUUGUUAUGUGUUAUAUAAACAGGUGGCGGAGGUAAAUUUACUUACUGUAUUUAUUUUCUAAAUCUAGCUUAUGUACAGGACCACUUUAAUAUAUAUAGGAUUCAUGUAUUUUAUAAAUAUGUCUUAUAUGUACUUUAUCGUUGUCCACUUUUUGUUUUUAUUAUAUUACCGUCCGUUUUCGUAGUUUUAGAUGUUGCUGUGUUAGCACUUUCUUGAGAAUCGUGAACUUUCACAUUUUAUGCUAAACCUAAAAAUAACUGUGAUUUAAAAAUAACCGUGGUUUAAAGUGUUCUAUACCAUUUCUUUUCCUGCAUGUCACCCAUUUUAAACUUGCCAAAGCUUAAAUAUCAGGUUAAUGUGAUGAAUAAACGAAUUGAAUGGAGUUAAAUGGAAUUACAUUGAAUCAAGUUUAGUUGAAUUGAGUUGAGUAGUCAAAGGAUUGUCUACAACAGCCUCACAGUCCUUGGGUAUAAGAAAAAAUAUAUUGUAGGCUACUUAAUUGAUGCCUUUUGAUUGAAUUUUAUUAUUUCUGUUAAUUUUGUAGGUAUUAAGAGUUAGAGAUGAUGGUUCAAAUAUAGUUUUGUUAAUAUUGUGAGGAUGUUAACUUUGAUGGUGAAGCCGUGCCAACAGAUUGGGCUUUCCAGUAUCAUCACUACAGGGUACCCAUUAGCUGCUUUAAAUGUGUUGUUUGUUCAAAUAAAUGUAGCCAAUAAGAUUUAUCUUUAGAGCUAAUAGAGAUGUUGCAAUAUUUUACAUAAAGUAUUUUCUUUAUUCCUUAAUGUAUUUUCUUUGUUUCCUCAUACAAUUGUCUUACAAAGUAUUUUGCCAUUUUUGGUUCCGCUAAGAACCUUUUAGAAAAAGACUUAUAUUUUAUAUUUUAUGUGUGUAUUAUAUCUUUGUAUACUGUAAUAAAGGGUUUCA